UUUGAGUAUUAGUUUUACAAUGUUUGUACGGUAUUUGGAUGAGAAGGAGUGACGCAAAAUUAAGCUGUUCCCAACAGCACAGUGAUAAUGCAGCAAUCCCAAAGACAGGGUUGUAUUGUAUAUUUGUAUUUGUAUUUGUAUUUCUAUGUCAACUCUCUGCUCUGUGCUCUCCCUGCUCUGCACUAAUUCCCCUUUACCUCUUCCUCUUAUCUCCUCUCUUUUUCUUGUCUCGUGUUGUGUGGUGUUCUUUUCUGUUCUCUCAUAUUCACCCCUUUUUAUCUUCCCUUUUCUUCAUCUUCAUCUUCAUGACCACACACACGCAGAGACAACCUAUGAAUAUGAAGCAAAGCUUGUACGCGGGGCCCACUUUUUCUUUCUUUAUAUUUAAAUCUUAGUCUCUCUUGUUGGAUUCGAUUAUGAUAUGAAAUGAACCGAACCUACUGCUUUGUUUCAUUUCUUUGAUGUUCCACUUCCUUUCUGCUUCUGAAGCCAUACCAUAACCAUAGCUUCAUGUUGUUGGGUACUUAUCCUCUGCAACCCGGAGUGAGUCUAACUCUUAAAUCAUUUUUAUUUUUCUUCUCUGUUUCUGUUUCAUGAUAAAUAAAACAGUUUUUUUUUUUCGCGGUAGGUGGUUUGGCUUGGUUUGUGGAAUUUAGAGUUGAGAAACGAAGGUGUGGUGGGGAAUGCAUCUUUAUGAGCGGUUCCGUAAUCUAACAUAAUAAUAUCAGUUUCCACUGUCCAAAAAUUAUGGCGACUUAUUACUCAAGUUCAUGUUCAAGUAAUCAAAGAGAUGCUGUGCCUAUUCUCUGCCGUAGGGACCCUUUGCCUAAUUCAUAUCCCGACACAUUAUAUGUCAACUCUGCUUCAUAUUCACAAACAUUCUCUGCCAAUUCUCAGCAGCAAAAUAAUUGCUUUGUCAUUCCAUCAUUAGGUGCUUCACAUUCCACUCCUCAACAAGAAGAAAUCUUAGCCAAUGUUUCCGGGUUCCAAACCUUACAAGCCCAGGGAUUAUCUCUAAGCCUUGGAACCCAAAUGCCCUCAGGAGUUCAAAUGCCUUCUAUCCAUGAUAGGAAUCAAAGUUCAAGUUUUGAUUCGUUUUUGGCUACUAAUCCAUCAAUUUUGGGCAAUGGGGCCUAUAAAAGUGGCUUAUCUAGGAAUGAUGGUAUGAGACAUUCUGAAAAUUUUCCAUCUGGAUCACCUGAAGUUAGUCAAGAUUUGAAUAGAGGGGAUUUUUCGUUGCAUGGAAUGUCCAGUCUUGGAAGAACAGUUCCUAACUCGAAGUACCUCAAGGCAGCGCAACAACUGCUUGAUGAAGUUGUUGAUAUCCGAAAAGCUAUUAAAAGACCAGGUAUGAUGAGAAGUCAUAGCACACAUGGGAACUGUCGGAAGAAUUCUAGGGAGGAUGAUGAGCUUCUAGAAUAUGAAGGGCCUUCAGCAAAUGGAGUGCCUAAUUCUCAAGCUUCAGCUAGUAACUCCUCUUGCGAGCUUUCACAUGCUGAUAAACAAGAUCUUCACAACAAGUUAACCAAGCUUUUGUCAAUGUUGGAUGAGGUUGACAGUGGGUACAAACAAUAUUAUCAUCAGAUGCAGAUUGUGGUGUCAUCAUUUGAUGUGAUAGCAGGAUCUGGGGCAGCUAAACCAUACACAGCCCUUGCUCUUCAAACCAUUUCACGUCAUUUUCGGUGUUUGCACGAUGCAAUCACUGGCCAAAUCAGUGCAAUACAAAAAAACCUUGGAGAGCAAGAUGCUUCUGGAAGUAAUAAAGGAGUUGGAAUAGCAAGACUAAGGUAUGUUGACCAACAAAUCCGACAACAAAGGGCUCUUCAGCAGCUUGGCAUGACGCAACAUGCAUGGAGACCACAAAAGGGGCUUCCAGAUAGCUCUGUUUCAAUUCUUCGGGCUUGGCUGUUUGAGCAUUUCCUUCAUCCCUAUCCAAAGGAUUCUGAUAAGAUCAUGCUAGCAAGACAGACAGGCUUGACCAGAAGUCAGGUCUCAAAUUGGUUUAUAAAUGCACGUGUGCGUCUAUGGAAACCUAUGAUUGAGGAGAUGUACAAGCAAGAGAAUUGUGAUGCUGACAUGAAUUCAAGCUCUUCAUCUGAAAAUGCAUCCAAGGUAACAAAAAGUGAUGUCAAGACCUCCAAUGAUAUGGGUGAUGAUUCGCAGCAGUCUCAAAGUCCAAUAAUAGCCGAUAAGAAUCACAGUGGUGGACAACCUAAAGACCCCAGAUAUGAUCAAGUUCUUGAUACAGAAAUCAUGGCAUCCACUGGAUUAACCAGUCUCAUAUACGGAGGUCAUGAGACUGAAACUGAAUAUAGAUCACUAAAGCUGACCGAGGAGCAAAAGCCAAACUUGGAUGACUGUGGUCUCUUCUCAGAUGACAUGGCCGUUCUGUCUGAUGGAGCUAACAACAGGUUUGUGGCAGCUGGUCUAACCUGCCAAAUGUCAGAGUUUGGGAGGUUCAAGUCAGGAAGUGGAGUGUCUCUAACAUUAGGUUUGCAGCAUUGUGAAAGGGGUAAUUUUUUGCCUGGUGAGACCCAUCUUGGUUUGGUGUCCAUGAGAGAGGAUGACAUCUACAACGCUGCUGCAGCUUCUACUAUAGGAGCAGACACAGCAGAACUUGAGUGCAUUGGUGCUGGAAACCAGCAGCAAAGGUUCAGUUCGCCGUGUAUUUUGCAUGAUUUUGAAGUAUGAAAUGAAGUUAAUCUGUUGCAAUCACUCUGGAUUGAAAGGGGAAGGAAAAGGUGCGGUGGGUGCUAAUGUUAGGACCAUUUACAAUGCUUGACAGUGAGGCAUAGAAGGAACUCAAUGGUCCCUCAAGGGCUAGGACUGACUAAAACAGUACCAUAUUUUAGAGUUAGUGUGUAGAAGGCAACACGUAUAAUUUGGUCUUUGUAUGCAGUGAAGAAACAUGUGACAAUGGCAAAUAAUAAAUGGAUAGAAUUGGCUGAUUGUAAAUUUAUGCUUUGAAUGUGAUUUAGUUUAUCUG